GCUAAUUGUUGUAGCUACUAAGACCUGCCCAUCCUGGACUCUUCCUAAUAGCAACUUGAAAGGACUGGAAUGUGAGCCAGAAGAAGGUCCAAUCUUCUUUGCACUGAUGUCUAAGUAACAACCUAUUUGGCUCGCUCCUGUUUCGGGAACUUCUGGACAUCCUGGUGACUCAGGACCUCAGGCUGGCUGCCCAGUCCCACCACCCAUCUAUGCAGAUGAAGGUCCAGCUUUAUUAUCCAAAGUCAGCCAGAAUCUCACCAGCCAGGUGGACCUGCUGUGACCCCCAUGGAUUCCUACACCUCCUCUGAGUUACCACCUGGAUUGGAAUAUUUAAUUCAGGUAGAUCACAUUAUGAUUCAUCAGCAGUUUGAGGUUGUGGAAGCCAUUUUAGGUUUUGAAACUGUUAACAAAUACAAAAUCAAGGACAAGCUUGGUCAGAAAGUUUACUACGCAGUCGAAGAGUCCAAUUGCUGUGCACGCAAUUGCUGUGGGGACUGCAGGUCUUUCUCUAUGAGGAUUCUUGAUAACUCAGGUCAUGAAGUUAUACUUUUGAAGCGACCACUAAGAUGUAGUUCUUGUUUCUGUCCCUGCUGCCUCCAGAAGAUGGAAGUCCAAGCUCCUCCUGGUGUGACAAUAGGUUACGUUGUUCAGAACUGGCACCCAUGUGUUCCAAAGUUUACAGUUCAAAAUGAGAAGAAGCAGGAUGUUCUCAAAAUUGUCGGUCCAUGUAUCAUAUGCAGCCUUGGAGGAAACAUUGAUUUUAAGAUCAAGUCUCUUGAUGAAAAAAUUGUGGUUGGUAGGAUUUCCAAGCGCUGGUCUGGUUUUCUGAAGGAGUUACUGACAGAUGUGGACAAUUUUGGGAUCCAGUUCCCGAUAGACCUUGAUGUAAAGAUAAAGGCUGUGAUGCUUGGAGCUUGCUUCCUCAUAGACUUCAUGUUUUUUGAAAGCAGGCCAAAUCAGAAAUGAACACUAUUAUAUUCAUGAAUUGAUGAACGAGUCCUCAGAAUAUGUGAAGCUGGAACACUGAUUGAGAAUAAAAGGCAACAUAGUGAUUUCUUUCAUUGAAAUCACUCAUCUCUCCUUGAAUUAAACUAGGAUGUACAUAA